AUGCUGCCUGCGCCGGCCACUGAAUCUCGGAAAAGGUCCUUCAGACGGCUCACGUCGCCCCGCAAGAGAGUACUCGACUCUCUUCUUGCGCGGUCUAGGGCGACCAACCUUGCGGUUCUCAUACUCUCGGCAAUCUGCUUGCUAUCCCUCGUGUUAAACGUUCACCACCAGCUUGGAUCGACAUGGGCAAGAUCGUCAGAGCACACCGCAAUUGGGUUAUUCUCGACCAUCACCAGACACCGCAAAUCGUCCAAUCUGAACCACUUGGUUGUGGUGCCGUGCCAUGCCAUCUGGAAAGGUGUGGACGCGGCCUCGAGGCUCAACGAAGAUGAUUGGAUCCUCGAACACUAUCAGAAAGGGACGUCCCAGGUGGAUGUCUUCUUUCGACACAUUGUCGAAGGGGCGAAGCUCGCUAAAAAAGACACCCGUUCGCUAUUAGUCUUCUCUGGUGGUCAAACGAGGCCAGCCUCGACAACCACCGAAGCAGAAUCAUAUUUGCGGCUUGCGAUAAGCGCCAAACUUCUCGACGAACCCGAUCUCGACCCUGUUUCUGAGCGCGUUACCACCGAAAACCAUGCUCUUGACUCCUAUCAGAACCUUGUCUUUUCCAUCGCUCGAUUUCACGAGUUCACGGGCGUGUACCCAGAACACAUCACCGUUGUAGGCUACGAUUUCAAACGGGCACGUUUUACGGAUCUUCAUCGUAAAGCGCUUCGGUGGCCUGUACAUCGCUUUGGGUAUAUCGGGGUCGACCCCGAUGAUGACCAGCACAAUGCGAUUGCUCGGGAAGGCGAGGCAAGUUUGAAAAACGGGUAUCAACCUUACUCAGUUGACCUAUACGGUUGUCAUUCAUUCUUGCUAGGCAAGCGGCGACAACGGAAUCCGUUCUCAAGGUUUCAUUCCUACUAUACAUCAGCACCGGAGCUCGCGCCCCUGUUUGACUGGUGCCCCGAUUCUGAUGGUUUGGAAGACAGUAUAUUCAGAGGUUCGCUUCCCUGGAAUCGCGAUUAA